AUGGCAUCAAGUAUGAUUUUAUGUGUUCUUUUAUGUUUCAUUACUGCUGCAGCUAAUCCCAUUAUUUGUCCAAAUUUGAACAGUGCUGCCAACUACGCUGUGAUCGCUGCUAGCACAGUGACUAAUACUGGCUUCACCAUCAUCAAUGGUGAUAUGUGCAUCAGUCCAAGCAUCGCAAUGACUGGCUUUUAUCCACCGGGUAAAAUCAAUGGUAUUACUCAGUUAGGUAAUGGCAUCGCUCUACAAGCUCAAGGAGAUGUCUGCUCGGCAUACAACGAUUUAGCAGGUGCAACACCCACUGGUCAAAUGACGGGUGUUGAUUUGUCGGGCAAAACACUUACACCGGGUGUGUACAAGUUCGACUCAACUGCCGCGAUAAGCAUAGCUGCAGGUAUUCUAACAUUGGACGGACGUGGAAUCUACAUAUUUCAGAUUGGAAGUGCAUUGUCGACAGCUGCUAACAGUCAAAUUCAGUUGAUAAAUGGUGCCAAGGCUGGAUGCGUCUUCUGGCAAGUAGGUAGCAGCGUUGGACUUGGUCAAGACAGUUUUUUUCAAGGAAACAUUCUUGCCUACGCAUCCAUCGUGUUCUCCGGUGGUGUCACACUCAAUGGUUCUGCCUUGGCACGAACAGCAGCCGUCACAUUUAUCUCUAAUACUGUUAAUCCUCAACCCAUUUGCGAUUGCUGUUAA